AUCGAUCUUAUCGAUUACCGCCCAUGAUUGGCGCUCAAUGAGGGGCAAUCGGAGCUGACAGAGCCCUGGCGAGAGUCCACCGGCCCCCAGAGCGUGUUCCCCAAGCUCAGAGCAGGCUGCGACGACGGACGGCACGGACACGACGAACGGCCGUACGACGUCCAGAGUACCUUGACGGCACCAGGCCCAUUCACACAGUCAAGGCAUUCAGACACCAGACAUUUGCCAUUCAUUCUCACCAGCUUGGCGCAUCUGUCGGCCCUGCGCACGCACUUUGAUUCCGAUCCACUUUGCAUUCCGUCAUUAUCGACUCGCGGCUGUGCUGUGACCACGAGUGAGCACCAACCACACCCUCAUCUCCAACCCACCCGAUCCACGAGGACCUCACGACCGCCACAUCCGACACUUGUCGAACUAGACUCCAGCCUUGCCAACACCAGAUAUCGGGUAAAAUGGCCGAUGUAGAUAUGGUUGAUGCACCCAGCGGUGCUGGCGCUGCCGCCAAGAAAGCCAAGGGUUCCGAGGUUGACGGCAAGGGUGAUGCAAAGAAGCGUUUCGAAGUUAAGAAGUGGAAUGCCGUGGCCCUCUGGGCCUGGGACAUCGUCGUGGACAACUGCGCCAUCUGCCGAAACCACAUCAUGGACUUGUGCAUAGAAUGCCAGGCCAACCAGGCUUCCGCGACCAGUGAAGAAUGCACAGUCGCGUGGGGUAUCUGCAACCAUGCAUUCCACUUCCACUGCAUUUCCCGUUGGCUCAAGGCUCGCCAAGUAUGCCCUCUAGACAACAGAGACUGGGAGUUCCAGAAGUAUGGACGGUGAAGGCCGGCACCAGAGACGUUCAUCUUGGCCCACAGAUACGAGGAUCAGGGAUUCUGCAGGACAAGAGGUGGCCAACUGACAAGCACAGAGUCUCCCUCUCUCGAAAGUCACGCCAACCUCGAUCGAGCACGGGAUGAAAAGGAGUUUGGUAACGAUUGCACAGAUGGUCUUUGUCAAAGGGCGCAGAUGCUGUUA